AUGUCUGACUUCAAUCAACUCCUCACGGAGUUUAUCCAAAGGGCUCGCGGCGCUAUGAUGCCCACUGGCUCCGACGUCCAGCUUUUCUCCGCCGCCUCUGCCUCCGCGUCCUUCUCCGCUGUCGCCGGCCUACCGCAGGGAGGUCUAGCUGAUGUUGAAUUGGGGCACAAUUUCUAUGAGAAUAGAGACCCCGUCUACGCCGACCUCACCUCUUCCUUCUCGACCAAUACAUCCUCGGCUCCAGAUUUAUGGCCAAGGAAGAGCGAGCGUCAUGACAAGUACACGAACCAUUUCCAAGGCCUCCAAAAUUUGCUAGAGUCGCAGCCGUACCCCUAUCACCUCCUGCCUCCCCAUGCCAUCGCGGAAUGGAGCGAUACAAGGGAUGGGGUGGGUACUUCAGAGAUAGGCUCUGUUCCUGAGCGUCCACAAGCAGCGUUCAGCAGGUUGAUCGGGGAUUAUGGGGACGCCGAGGGCAAUGGUCUCACACCGAACAAGCUCGCAACAGGAACUUCCGACGUUGAGGAGUUCCCCGCAGUCGGAUCAGUUCCCGUCGCUGUACAGUCGUUGGCACAAGGACCUUCACCCAAGUUGCCAUCCAGCCUGGCCCCAAAGAGGCAUAGGCACCCUGUCCAGACGCCCAAUACGGCAGCGCAACGCAGUGGCCAGUCCUUCUCUAUCAUGCGAUUAUCAGCUACAGGUUGCCCGCCUAUGCUGACGUCGAGCCCGCCCUGUCGCCCUGUCGCCCUUCGGUCAAUCCUAUCGGCCUCAAUCGUGCUGCCAUCGAGCGGGAUGCUCGAGGCCCGUCUGAACACCAGGUCGACGCCGUACAUGACAAUCGAGUACGGCUCCGAUCCCUUCCAUCGUCCCGUCGUCGACCCAUCCUUUACUCGGUCAGCACGCUCGACAGAGUUAUUGGCCCCGUGCUCAGACACCGCACAUGGCUACCGAAGACACAUGGAAGAAAUCCCUCUCGCCCACCCAGAGAGCAUCGUCAUCCGGAAGUCCAUCGUCCUCAUGGCUAUUAUACAUGAGCCAGCACAGGGCACCUGUAUUCGGUUCCACACUUUCCAAGAAGCCACAGUACAGUCCUUUCACAGCGCUGUCGAACCAUUGCUAGGUCGAGGAUCAUCGAUGCCUGGGGCCGACGCUCUCGCAUCAUGUAUCGCCCUGCAUGGCAAGCCAGCACCGCUGCCAGCCAUUCCGUGGCAACGCAUUGCUGCCUUAGCCACCGACCUAGAUUCCAAGAAGCCUACAGCGCCGGAGGAGGCAGGGAUGGCAGAACUGACUGCUCUACAGGUCAAAGGGCCAAGUGGAUUGCGAUUUUUACGAAAGCCACUGCAGGGAUCGGUCCGCGCUCGAGGAUAUCCGCAGCCAGGAUAG